AUGCGAUACCUUAUGUUGGCUACACGUUUCGCGGCUGCUUGCACGGCUACUCGGCUUCUGGCAAAAUGCCACGGCAAUGUCACUACACUUCCAUCUCUCGGUGGCUACCUCGAUUCUAUCUCUGCCACGGUUGUUAAUGCCAGUAAUAAAUUUAACUUCUGCAACGUCACCGCCCAAUACGCGCAUCCAGGAUCGAACGAUACAAUACAUGUAUACCUAUACCUCCCAAUGGAGAAUUGGAAUGGACGCUUUCUUGCGACAGGGGGCGGUGGAUACCGUAUGAAAACAAACGACUCGGACAUGAUGGUCAACGUCGAGAAAGGAUAUGCUGCCAUGACGACCGAUGGCGGGAAUUGGAGGACGUCGAAAAGCUCCGAGUCGUGGGCACUUCUUGGGCCAGGCAACAUCAACUUCGAACUCUUGACCAAUUAUGCCGGAGCCGUAUUGGAGGAUUGCACUUCAAUCGGCAAGACCAUAACGACAGAACUUUACGGAAAGGCACCAACGUUUUCUUAUUGGAACGGUUGCUCCACUAGUGGACGGCAGGGGCUAAUGCUUGCACAACGAUUUCCAAAGCUAUAUGAUGGUAUAAUGGCGGCUAGUCCCGCAGUCAAUUGGGCAAAGCUUAUGGUUGCUAUGUAUUGGCCUCAUUUUGUCAUGAAUCAGCUCGGAGUAUACCCAACACCAUGCGAGUUUGACGCUAUCAAAGCAGCUGCUCUUGAAGCUUGUGAUGCUCUGGAUGGCGUCAAGGAUGGUGUUAUCUCUUACCCAGAAAACUGUCUGUUUGAUCCCCGGGAAGUUGUGGGUCGUCCGAUUUCGUGUGGAAACACAAGCACAGUGAUUUCGGACGAAGCCGCAACAAUCGCUUACAAAACUUGGCUUGGACCACAAACAAGCCAAGGGUCGUCCCUGUGGUAUGGCCUCAGUCUUGACACUCCGCUUUCAGAAUUUGUCGGAGACUGCAGCGAACAAGGCUGUCGAGGCAUACCAGUAUUUAUGGCAAGCGAAUGGGUUCGUCUUUGGGUGAAAAAAGGCGAUCCAAACUUCAAUAUUACCAAUAUGACGUACGCAGAUUAUGAGGCUAUCUUCAGGUACUCUUCUGAAGCAUACGGACCUAUCAUCAGUACCGAUAAUCCAGAUCUAUCGAGCUUCAGGGAAGCCGGUGGGAAAAUGAUUACAUGGCAUGGAAUGGCAGAUCCGCAGACCAUCCCUGAAGGUACAACAGACUAUUACGAAAGGGUAUUGCGGCUAGACCCGAAGGCUCCAGACUUUUACAGAUAUUUCAAAGCACCCGGAGUUUGGCACUGCGGAGGAGGACCAGGGCCCAGCCCUAAAACUGCUUUCGAUGCUUUGGUUGCAUGGGUCGAAGAAGGCGUGAUACCUGAUGAGCUUCCUGCAAGCAUCACCACAGCAAACAUCGAGAAAAAGACGAAGCUGUGCCCGUACCCGCUUGUUUCUGUCUACAAAGGUGGUAGCUCCUUGCAGGAAUCAUCCUAUCCCUGUUUGCACGACUUGCUCGGAUUCUGGUGGCGCCAUGGCGACGCUACGCUGAGCUACCCGCCGGCGCAGUAUUUCAGAAGCUCUUCUGACGAGGGAUAUCCCCCUGAGUCCCCAUUCUGCCUGCGGCAGGCUAUUGUUGAAGUAUUCCCUUGGCAUUGA